AUGAGCCUCGCUCGCGGACGAUAUCUUGACGCCGGUGCAGCCAUACUUUCACGGAAUCCUACUACCUCUCUGAGCCACUACACCCGCUGUCAUUUGCAGCAACGACGGCAUUACAUCUGCCGAUAUGCCGCAUGUCCACCUCCCCCAGCCACGCUCGUCAAAACAGUCCGGCCGACGCUGGACGUGACGACAAGACCCGCGCCUCUGGCUACGAUCAGAACAGCAAGGACGAGGAGCCUGAACACAGAAGCAAGCCAGGGCAUCGUGGACUCAGCAAUUCAUGCCAUCGCGGCAUCAGCUAAGGGGCGCUCCAAACAUCAUCACGAUGUUGACACAUUCUUAAAGUAUGCUGUGCAAACCAACCUCAGUGAGAACACCACAUACUACAGAGGCACCUACCAUGAAUACAACGCAGCUGGCGCCUUGGAAGACUAUGGAUUCGCAUUGGACAGAGUCGGGCGUGCCAAUGAUCUUGGCAUAGAUCUACUUGGACAGUGGAACCUGCCGAUGGCACCCCACGAGAUCAAGAUUGUGGCUCAAUGUAGAGCAACGCACACGCGUCCAGCCAUGGUUCGCGAAUUGGAAGGUGCUUGUCAAGGCGCACCGCUGGGCUGGCGAGGGAAGGAUGUCAUGGCGUUGUUGAUUUCGGAUCGUUCAUCAACUAGAGGUGUUCGAGAAGCCAUACAGCGAAGCAGCUUACCCAUUGGCUUCAUGCUGAUCACCGACAUGGGCUUCCUCCAGCAGUUCUUCUGGAAUCCUGCUGCAACGAAUGCCUUCCUCACAGGCAUGGAAGCGAUGCCUCUCUACCAUCAGAAGGUUGGGAUGGAGAUGUUCUGCAAACGAGAGAUGAAGUUCCUUCCAUGUAAGGAUGAGAAGCAUGAUACAGUAGCUCUGUUAUGGCAGGGCAAACAUUGGAAGCCUUAG